AUGGCUGACGAGGAGGAGCGCAUUAAAGCUGAGAAGCUGGCUGCCGCCAAGAAAAGAGUGGCCCAGCUCCAGAAACAGAAGAAAAAGGCCAAUAAGAAGACCUCACCCGACACCGAAACCUCCAAAGAUACAGAUAUAUCCAAGGCAGCCGAAAAUGCCUCGACCGAAGAGACUGCAGUGGCAGCAGACAGCCCACUAGCAGAUGGCCCCGCCGAGGAGAAGCCGCAGGAAGAUGCCAUUACAGAGACCAGCACCGAGCAGCCGACCGAUCCGGAGUCAGUAACAGCUGAGCCAGAAGCGCAAGAAAAGUGCGAUGAGUCUAUUGGGUCCCCAACCGAACCCAUGCCCCCAGCGCCCGGCUCCCCAGACCCAGACGCAGAGCCACAACUCGCUCGACUGGAUACUCCCCGAGCGGGCCAUGGCCGCGCGCCAUCCUUGUCAAUCCAAUCGAAGAUGCGCUCGUCAUCUUUCCGCAAGACUUCUGUGUCUCAAGGCAGCCACUCGCCAUCUCCAAUAACUCAUAAAUCGCCCCCGCCAUCACUACCGCCCCUGACUGGUGAUGGGGACUCGGUGCACGAAGUGUUUCGGAAACAGUCAAUGCGGAUUGAAGAUUUGGAAAGGGAUAACAAGCGUAUGGAGAAUGAGCUGACUGAUGCGACAGCGCGCUGGCGAAAGACCGAGGAUCAGUUAGAGGAUCUUCGGGAGGCCAGCGUGGAUGCGGUGGAGCUGCGAGAGAAAUUGAAGAAGGCAGAGGAGAAGGCCGCUGGUAUUGAGUCAUUGAAAGAAGAAAUUGCUUCGCUACAACGACAAAACUCACAGCUCCAGUCCCGAUCACACCGCAACAAUUCCAGCGCUGUACCUGGACAAUCAGAGUCACCCCCGGCUGACCUUGUACGCCAGCUGGAGUCUAAAUCGACUACAAUCGAGGCUAUGGAGCUGGAGAUUUCAAACUUGCGAGCUCAAAUAAACUCCCAGUCAUCCUCUAAUAGUGCGCAUGAGAACCAGCUUGCGGCCUUGGAAGAGAAGGUCUCCCAGGGCCAAAUUGCACUUGAGAAGUCCCAAAGUGAGCUAGCAGACACCAAGCAAGCGUUGACGCGGGCUUCGGAGAAAGCCGUGAAAGAAGGCGUGGACAAGACGUCCACUGAGACCCUGAUCAAGACUCUAGAGCGAGAAAUUGAAGGCCUCAAGGACGGAAAGACCGAGGCCGACAAGAAGAUAGAAACGCUGGAGAAAAAACUUCAGGCCAUGGGCAACCUGCAUAAAGAAUCGGAGACCCGUCAUCAAGCCAGGCUUCGCGAGAGCGAAAAGUCCGACAAGGAGACCGCUGUGCUUCGCAAAAAACUAGCCAGCAUUGAGAACGAGAAUCUUCGGCUCCGCGAAGAGCUUGAUCGCAUGAAGAAACGCGAUGCUGGAGGAACCGACGACGAUGCCUUGGAUGAGCUUGAGGAUGAAGAACGCCAGCGUCUUGAGCGCCGUAUUCGCGAGCUGGAAGGCGAAGUCUUCGAUCUCCGCCGCGGGGUCUGGGAGGAGAGACGCCAUGAACUCACGGGCCAGCCUUUUUCUGACGAGAACCCUGAAUACUCCGCUGGUGAUGCUGCAGCCAACGCCUUUGACGACGUCGAUCUUGUCGGUGGUCGUCCGGACCACGCCCGCCGCCGCAGUAUGGCGUACCAGCAACAACACUCGUCUUUUUCGACUGUGCUAUCAAGCGGGUUUGCGGCGUUCACAGGUGGUAAUAACCCCAACCGCGCUCGCGCCGGCUCCUCUAACCCGCCUCACCCGCAUGGUCCUGCAACGCGCGGCAGUCUCGAACUGCUUUCCGAGGAGAACCUGGAAGAUGAGUUCGAUGAAGCGGAGUUCAGACGUGCCCAAGCCGAGGAAGAAGCACGUAAACGUGUCGAAUGGGUUCGUGAAAUCAAGCGUAAGCUUCGCGACUGGAACUCCUGGCGCUUGGACCUGGUUGACAGUCGUGCUGGUGCCGAGGGUGCCGGUGUGGGAAUGGGGGAAAUCUUUGAGGUUUAG